CAACUCUUGCCCGGACUCACCCGCUCUGCAUCCACGUCCCACACGGUCUGACACAGAGGAGUGAGACGGCUCAACGAGCACGAAGCGCAGAGUGAGAGGAGAGGUGGAACAUUUACGCAGAGCCUUUUUAGUUUGGAUUGUUUUGGCGCGUUUUUAAAGUCCACCUUGGAUAGUUUUGGGCCACAUUUCUCUGCACUCUUGGAUUUUGUAUUAAUUUCAGCACUUAAAUGGCAGCUCUGACUGUGAUGUCCUCGCACCUGUUCCUGAUGAUGUUAAACUGUUACCUGGGUGCUGCAUCGGUCAGGGUCAUGAAACGGGGCUCUUGGAGCGCACAGGACAGUAGCUUUCUCCAGUCCUCGUCGGACCCGUUCUCAGAUGACCUGGAUCAGGACAUGGUCUCCCAGCACAUGUCCAAACUGUACGAGAGAUACAACAGGGAAAACCACCUCAGAGAGGGAAACACUGUCAGGAGUUUCAGAGCCAGCCAAGACUCUUCUGACCACAGGAUGGUGUAUCGACUAAACUUUACAACGCUCCAGGAAUCAGAGGUCAUCCUCUCUGCCACAUUCCACUUCCUGCUCGAUCGGCGCCCACAUCAAAAACCCUGGUUCUGUAAACGCUUCAAGAGCCCAUCCUGUCAUUCCUCAGCCAUCCACCCUUCUCCGUCCAUCAGCCUGCUCCUUCGCUCUGUUUCCUCUGGGUCAGAGGUGAGAUCUGGGUCAAUGGGGUCAUUUCUAGGCAAUGUGACCUUCCACCCCCACAGGAGAGGGGUGUGGCAGAUGAAAGAUGUGACCCAGGUCAUAAAGGAGGCACGGGACAAGGGUCAUCUCCUGGUGUCAGUGGAGUUUGACUUAGGACAGCAGUACCAGAGGAAACCAGAGGAGGAGCUGUCGGCUGGCAACCUGCCCUACCUGUUAAUGUAUGCUAAUGACCAAGCCUUGGCAGAGCCCAACAGCGUGGCUGCAAGCCUUCAGAGAUAUGACCCUUUCAGUGAGGGAGGAGAACCCUCACAUUCCUCUCGGCUGCUACACAGACCUAACUCCUCUCCAGAGUCGAAGGGACGUGUGAGGAGGGAAGCAACUCUGCCCUCUGACCCCAUCCAGAGCAAUGAGCUGCCCGAGGUUGACUACAGGCCUAAUGGAUACAGGAAAGACAACCUCUGGGAGAGCACUUGGUACCUCAAACCCAAGCCUAAAUCAGGGAGGAAGGAGAAGAAGAGAAAGAGUCAGGAGGAAAAAGGAGUGGAGGAAAGUAGAGGAGCGCAUGAUAGAGAAGAACCUCAGAUGCUCAAAGAAGAAGAGGGAACAUCACAUGGGCUCAAACCUGAGGACGCACCUGUGAAAAAAUUCAAAGACAGUCGCACGCUGACGGUUGGUGACGGACAAAAACAUGAGCGGAGAAAUGCGGGAAAGGAUGGAAAAAAGCACAAGGGGAGCUCUAAGACUCAGUCGCCUGUCCUGAGUUUUGAUGAACAAACAAUGCGUAGUGCCAGGAGGAGGCAAUGGGGCAACACCCACCACAGAGGCUGCUCCAGGAGGAACCUCAGGGUGGAUUUUGCAGAUAUUGGCUGGAGUGAUUGGGUCAUAGCACCCAAGGCCUUUGAGGCCUACUACUGCGCCGGUACAUGUGGAUUUCCCGUGCCCAAGGUGGCGAGGCCAUCUAACCACGCCACAAUCCAGAGCAUAGUCCGAGCCGUUGGGAUCAUCCCUGGGGUUCCUGAGCCCUGCUGUGUCCCAGAAAAGAUGAGUCCUCUGGCCGUGCUCUACAAGGAUGAAUCCAGGAAUCCAGUGCUCAAGGUUUAUCCCAAUAUGUCCAUCCAGUCCUGCUCCUGCAGAUAGGAAGGGGAGGAGGACAAAGUAAGGUGGAUGUGGAGAGAAACAGAAAACAGGAUUAAUGGGUACAGAACCAUACCUCUGUUUGUUGAGUGGUUUCUUGACACUGAGAAACAAAGUCACUUUGGCCGUCGUUAUCCCUUGAGGAACAUAGGCUGUAGAGAAAUCACUUCCAUCUCUUUUGUCCUGCGGCAGCAGACUUGAAGAGACUCAUUGUCUGGCGUCUGCCUUAGCAAGAGGAACAGAGUCACACAUGUAAAGUCAGGGCUCCACAUUUUAUAAGAAGCCCAGUUGUUUUGAUUCUGUGUUUGAGAUAAUAUGGAGGAUUUCAUGGACAUGAGCAUUUAAGAGAUGUUUUCCUUUUAUCUCAGAAUAUAUACUGGUUUUACAAAAAGCUCACAGUGAGUUUGUGUUCGUGUUUUCUUUGGACACAGAGGCUAUGAAUAUAAGACUUUAUCAAUGUGUCAUCGGGCAGCUUACACAGCAACAUACAGAUGAGAGAUUAUGAAACAUAGUUCUACAUUUGUACAUACUGUGUCCAGCUGUUCUUACUUUGAAGGUAAUCAUACGCCACAGUGUACAUACAUGAAACGUUAAUUUGUGUGCAAGACAGGAAGGUUAUUGUACAUUCUUGCUCUGUAUAUCUUAAAAAGAAAGUAUCAAAUGAAUUGUAGAGAGCAUCUGGAAUUCAUUUACACCGACCACCCCAUCAAAAAUGUUAUAAUGAAACCAGAAAUAUUUUUCUAUUUUGAAUGUGAAACUUGGUUAAAAAUAAUUUGUCUUGGUAACUAGGUUAUGUAUUACUAUAUUUUAGAUGAGAUGGUAUUUUGUACAUGUGUAUUGUUUAA